GGCGCUGUCACACCUAGAAGAGAAUGUAGUAGUGACAGCAGUCGCUUCAGCCCGCUCAAGGCGGCACUUCCCUACAGUCCUCUAGUUUCCUGUAAUCAAAAAACCCCACAGCCCAGGGGAGGAGCGAGGUUAGAGCCCAAAGUGGCCAAGCAGCAGCGCGCCCCGGGCUCCCGCCCCGCCGCCCCGCCCAGGCCAGGCCCCCCGCGGCCGCGCGCUCCGGGCUCCAACGGCCUCAACGGAAGGAGGCGCGGGGGGCAGAGGCGCAUCAGUCUGGGGGGGACCCGGGCGGGGGCCGUUGGGGAAGCCGCGGCCUGGACCGGGACCCACCGGCGGCUCCCCCUGGGGCAGGGCUCUGACCCGCACUCGGCCUGCGGUCCAUCCACGUCGAAGCAAAUGGCUGAAAGGGCCUCAGCCCUGAGAAGGAAUCGGAUCUUCCCGACCACCCCUAGCCGGAGGGAGCUGCUGGAGCAGCAGGUAGAAGAACUGGUGCCCGCCUUGCUGUGCUUGGACGACCUUUCCAUUGUUCAAUUUAUGGAAACGUAUCCUGAAUUUGGCACCACCGAAGAGAUCCUGGACCUGCUGUUUGCAAAAUAUGGAUGCAACAAAUAUCUGAAUGAUGACAUCGUGGGAUCCGUGGAGCAGUGCAAAGUGGCCAUCUCCUGCAUCCUGGACAUCUGGCUGGACUACCAUCAGGAGGAUUUUCAUCAGCCACCAGAAUUUCUCUUCCUGAGGAAGCUUCUGGCAUUCAUGGGGCUCAACAUGCCAGGCUCAGACCUGGAAAACUGGGCCCAGCGUUACCUGGAACGAUUCAGCUACCUGGAGCUCGUGGAAUUAGACGAUGAGGAUGAGGAGGACUGGGGGUGGCCAAGCUUGGGACAGGGUGGGCCACACAGACCCAACCUCCAUGCAGCUGGGCCGGGAGCAGUGGGUAGGCUCACACCCCAUUCCCACGGGCUUCAGUCUGGGGAGACCUCCCAGGGCUCUUGUACUCACACAAGUUGAGCAGUGGGAAGAGUGUCCUUGAUUUGGGAGGGACGUGGAAAGUCCGUCCUGGUGAUGAUACUUUGUCUUCUUGGGGCUACAGCUUCGGCCCCGGAGCAACACCCUAACCCACCUCAGGAGCCCACCCCAGCUCCGACUGUGGGGCCUGUGGCACCUUCAGGGCCUGAGGUGACCGAGCCGGUCCCGGCUGCUGGAGGUGAGGGCUUGGCCCAAGCUGAGAUGCUGGCUACUGAGUCCAAGUCAAUGCACAUGGUUUUGGCACCUAUGAUUCCCCACCCUGAUGAGGAGCCACCUGCACCCUUGGCCACCCGGUGGAGGAGUAGGCCCUGGCGCCUGCAGUCAGGGUCCCCAAAGUGCCAGGGCCGCCACCUGCCUCUGGAGCAACUGGCUUCGACCCCUGAACAACCCCCUGAACCACCUCAGGAGCCACCCCAGCUCCUACCGCGGGGCUCGUGAUGGCUGCAGCCCAAUGGAGGCUUCCCUCCCCGUCAUUGUGCUGUUUCCAUAUUUUGUUUUUCUUUAACCUCUAUAAUGGCUUAUGAAUUUUAUUUGUAAUAAAAGAUAAGUUAACGGCAGAAAAUUUA